AUGAGUGGCCAUAUGACUACUGCAACGCGUCUGAGUUUGACUGAUCUCUGUUCAGUCGAGUAUGUUUAUGCAAUGGGCCAGGUCGGCACCAAGCUCUACAAAAUUGUCGACGAGCUCGGUGUUAAUUGGACUACCAAACGAGCCUACACGGAAAUCCCAGAGUCCGACACGGAGGAAAAAGUCAGAAAUCAACGCGCAUGCGACUGGCGCUCGGAAUGCCUAGACUGGGAAGAUACAUUGCUUAUUAAAGCAAACAUUCUUACCCAAACUGAGAAAGACGAGCUCGAUACAGUUGUCUUGAACCACAAGAACCAUGACUAUUCAGCAUGGACGGCAGUAUUAUCCACCAUGGGAGGAUUGCACAACUACAGGAACUCGGAGAAUGUGAGAAAGUCGAAUAAAUGGUAUGUUUACCCCGGUCUUUACUACUGGAAGGCAAGAAUCGAGAAACUUGAUCAAAGCCUCGUCAACCUGUCCAAGGAAGUGGACCAGGACGAAAAAUAUCUGGCAGAGGAAGCUAGCAAGGAAGAAGAAGCGAGAAAGCUCGCCGCGUGUGGUCUGACACUUAUGUCUCGGGCAUCCUUGAUAUUGUUCCAAGCAUUUACUCCGACUGAGCAACAUGGCGGAUGCCGUACAAUUCCGCACCUCUCUUCCUGCGAUAUCCCAUCUUCUCGCGGGCUGGUAGAUUUUGCUUCGGUAUGCAGUCUACUGUCUGCCCUUGCCUCCUUACACGAGACCCCCGAAACACAAGAGAACCAGAUGCAAGGGGAACUAUUCAUGAAAACCCUCGAAGAACUGCACAAGGUGUCCAAGAAAAACGUCGGCUUCUUUAAAGACUCAGUCAAAGACUCUACGAGCCUGUACCUUGCUUAUGAUGGGCGGUAUCCCUUGCACAGUGGUGUGGUAAAGUUCAGAGAGAGGGUGGAAAAGGCGGAGGUCGUCGCUUGUUGGCGAGUCUCAACCGAGGGCAUGAUGAGGAACACCGAGUUUAAUGCCGAUCUCAACGCUAUUGCUAUGGCAAGAGCAUUUCGAGAGUGCAUACGUCUUAUCGAGUGGUUGGGAGGAGCGUGUGCAGAGUGUCUGCUUUCCGGAAAUCGCUGGGGCGGUUGUUCGCUCGCCAACACCCUUGAACGCCGUUUUGACCCUACCGAUCUAUCUGGUGCCUCUCACGCCGAUGACCUGAAUGUAGUAAAUCUUCUUUCCAACUCGGAAUCUGAAAUUCCCGAGCUCGUCGUUCCAGAAGUCGAAAUCCUCGCCCUGGUAACUUGCUGA